AAAAACAUUGUUUUAUUUAUGCUAAUUUUAAAAUCACGUUUACAAUCCGUGUCAUUCAAAGCAUAGAUAAAUUGAUAUUUAGUCUGUGAUUUAAAGUGGGAAUUAUUUUUGGGCUAUGGUGUAGUUGGUCCAUAUUCCAUUGCAUUCGUAGUCCAUGGUGCACUUUAAGCGUGUAUCUCUUUGUUUGGAAACUCUUUUUUUUCUAAUGAAGUUCUUUGAAUAAAAGAAUGGGAAGUAUCAAUGGUGAAGAUGAAGUUGGUAAUGGCAAUCAAGAAAAGGAAAUCUUCCAUGAUGCGGACGAUGGAAAUUGUAUUAAAAGCAGGCAAAACAUAAACGAUGAAGGAGACGCCUUGGGAAGGCCUGGUGGUCGACCUGGUGAAAUGUAUGCUCGCAUGCCAGUUCCAAAAUAUGCCACACAUUAUAAAAUGGACCACCCGAAACGAGGCUUAGCUCUAAUAUUCAACCAUGAGAUAUUUGAAUGUGGUGGACUGAAAGCCAGAUCAGGGACAAAUGAAGAUUGUGCAAAUCUUAAAACUUGCUUAUCUGUCCUAGGAUUUGAUGUACAAGUAUUUAAAGAUUUAAAUUAUUUGGAUUUAGAAUACCAUGUGAAACAAGUUGCGGCUAUGGAUCACACUCAUCAUGAUUGUGUGUUGCUAACAGUUUUGUCUCAUGGGGAAAUGGGUAUAAUUUAUGCGAAGGACACUCCAUACAAACCUGAUAAUUUGUGGUCAUUAUUUACUGCUGAUAGAUGUCCAUCACUUGCAGGAAAACCAAAAAUGUUCUUUCUUCAAGCAUGUCAAGGAGAUAAACUUGAUGGAGGAGUAAACUUAAGAACAACUGAAACAGAUGGAGAAAUUUAUAAUACUUACAAAAUACCUGUUCAGGCUGAUUUCUUGAUUGUCUAUUCAACUGUAAAAGGAUACUACUCUUGGAGAAAUACAACGAAAGGCUCUUGGUUUGUCCAGGCCCUCUGUGAUGAAUUAAGAAAUAGAGCACAUGAGUUAGAUUUGAUGACAAUACUGACAUUUGUGUCUCAAAGAGUUGCAAUAGAUUUUGAAAGCAAUGUGCCUGAUUCCAUUACAAUGCACCGUCAGAAACAGAUACCCUGUGUAAUGAGCAUGCUGACAAGAUUAAUCCAGUUCUCCAUGCCAGGAUCACAUUCAAAAGGAAUUGUUUUUAAAGCACAUAGAUCUAGUGGAAUGGUACAUCCUAGAAACAGAACUGGUUUAUAUUGAAGGAACUGGAAGCACAAAUGGCAUUUUACAAUAUUUUUAGAUUAAAAAUUCUGCAAAAUCGAGAAUCUCGAUCAUCUAUUUUUUAUAUCGGAUAUCGUGGUCUUUCAUAAAUGUCACAAAAACUAUAAUUAAGAGUAUCUCUGCCUAUAUUGUGAUAUGUCUGUUUACCUAAAAGAUGUUACAAGUAUAGUGUUCAACAAUUUUAUUGCCUUAGGUCAAACUUUAUUUGUCAAUAUGGUAUUGCUCACUUAUAGGGUCUAUUGUAUUAGGUAAUAGUUAUUAGAUAUAAGGUAUAUUUUACAUUUAUUUAGAUCAAAUUUAUCAAAUAUUAUAGAUUUUAGAAGCAUCAAAGUGUGCUGUUUUACCUGCUGCAAUUGCCUGACAUGUUAUUUUUGAAUAAUAAAAAAAUCGGUUGUUCAUACAUAA